AUGACCCAUCUUAUCCAAGAUGGGUUCUCGGUGAACGACGCCCGUUGGAAGUUGGGCGUCUACAUCACCGACCUCCAAACCUCGCGCGAGAUCGAUGUGAAAGGCGAUAGCGCCUUGGGGCAGGUGAUGUCGCAACUGGUGGGUGAGAUCAGAGACACCCGCGACUGGUCCGAUCACGCGCUAUGGUGGCCCGACCGCCGCCGCUGGCUCAAGCACACCAGAAGUACGCUGGACCAGGUCGGAGUGAACAGCACACACUAUUUGGAGUUCACUCCAAUGCACAAGGAGACUCGGUAUGGAAUUAUAAUAGAAAAACAUUCAAGAAAUGGCUACAGCAAUAUAAUUUGUCCCAUCUGACCUCAAAAUUUACAGUGUCGAGCUUCCCGACGGCCAAAUCAUCACUCCACACCUCGAUUUCUCCGUCCCAGUCCUCAAGGUGGUCAAAAAGUUGGCCGCUGAGCUGGGAAUUCGUCAUCCCGUUGAGCUCUCCAUCAAACGAGAUAUCCCCGCAGAUGUCCUUAAAAAAGGCGCUAACAUCGAGUCGGACAAGCCUGCCGCAAUUUCCGCCGCGAAACCGGGAGAGGAGUCGAUUGGACCCGGAACGAUGAGAACGUUGAAGCCGAUUAGAGCCGGAACCAUCAACAACACCGCAAGACAGCAAUCCCCUUCGAUUGCUGGAACCUUAGGUAAGAUUAUGCGAUUGAAGUUCGACCAAAACUGCGAAAAAGAACAAAAAAGAAACAAAAAACAGCCAGGAGGAAUCGAACUUGCGCUGAUCAAGCGCACCAUUGCUUAACUUGUCAGAUCGGACGAGAUGCCGUUUUCGCACUCGGCUAUUAGCACGACCAAAGAAGACACACCCGAGUGAACGCGAAAAGAGAGGGGGCUAGAGAAGCAGAGAAAGUUGUUGGUUACCCCAGUCCAAAAGUUGUUAGUGAUUUUCUUACCCGCAGUUCCACAGGAUUUGACAUUGCUAUAUAUAGCCUAACUUGAGGUUGGUUAUACCUUCGGCUCAUGUAAGUGCGGCUGAAGCGCAAAAUUUUGGAAUGUCCGGCAAUUGUGCUGGACAGAUUUUAUCUUGGAAGGUCAGUUGAACGUCCAUAAAAUUCGUGUGAACAUAGCGAAGGUUUUGGUAGUUACUGGUAUACUUCAUAACCCCCAGUAAAUAUCCGAAACGGCUUUUCAUUGAAUUAGAGUGUCAUUCAGAAGAUUUAUUAGGAAUGAACACUAAAAUUUCCUCAUUUCAGGUCCCGGCCACUCUUUCAAUGCCUCCGAGAUCGGUACCAUGCCCAGAGCCGGAACUUUGCCUCGAGGCAUGAGUCCCGGUCCAGCCGCGUAUCGCGAGGCCGUCGGCCGAACACCCGAGCCCGGCCUCACCGAACCUCUGGAUGCCGACGAAUUCGACCCCCGCUUCGUCCAUUCGCCACAAACUCGACCAAGCCGUGACGCUUUCCGACCACAAAACUUGGUCGAAAAAGCGGCGCUGAAUCGGGGAUGGCUCGAUUCCUCUCGCUCGCUGAUGGAGCAGGGAAUUUGCGAGGGAGACCUGGUUGUGUUGAGAUUCAAGUUCUUGACUUUCUACGACCUGAACACCAAAUACGACCCCGUCAGAAUCAAUCAGAUCUUCGAACAAGCAAAGAAUUCGAUUCUGCUGGAGGAAACCGAAACCACAGAGGAGGAAGCCAACCUGUUCGCUGCAUUACAGGUGAGAUCAGGGGCUAAUUCGAUCGAUUUGUUCAUAAAUUCAUGAGAAAAAACUCUAAAAAUUGGGAGAAAAUUGAUUUUUAGACUAUUUUUGUCUAAAAUAAGGUCAAAAAUCUCUGAUUUUCUCCAAUUUCCGCAAGAUCUUAACUUAUAUCUUUCUUUCUAGCUCCAAGCAACCCUCCAACGACAAUCUCCAGAACGUGAGACCCCAGAAAGAGAUGCUGUGGACAUAAUGUUAGAUGAACUGGAACGAACUCUGGAUGCCAGUGCCACUCUCCAACGUCGCGAUCUGACGCAAGUCCCAGAGAUUGCGGACUAUCUGCGAUAUUGCAAGCCGAAGCGAAUGUUCAAAACCUUCAAGCGCGCUUAUUUCGUCUUCCGCGACCUUUACUUGUACAUGUACAACAGUGCGCAAGAAACGAAUGCCCGUCCUCAAGCCGACUACAACUUGAAGGGGUGCGAAAUUGGCCAAGAAGUCAAUGUCUCAAAGGGCAUCUAUCACAUUAAGAUUCAAGUGCCUACUGCGGAGGGAAUGACCGAUCUGAUUUUGAAGUGUGAUAAUGUAAGUUAAGGCCUAACGAUGAAGGAAAGGAUUGAAAAAAUGGAGGAAAUAGCUAGAAAUAGAUAGUAGACAGCCUGUUCUCUCUUCUGGAAGCAAUCCGAGUAAAAAAUUGCGUCAGAAUGAAGAAAAGGACGAUUUUCGACUAAACUACAGUGGUGGACUUGAUGACAAAAUUGCUACAUUUUGACAGCGAAAGCAUGUGGUUUUGCGUUUUGGCUGAUUUGUAGAGAUCUAUCUUUUUGGACCUUACAGUGACGGACCUGUUCCAGUGGCAAAAAAUGUACCAUUUUGCAUCCGGAAAGUAUCAAAAAAUGUAGUAAAAUACCUCCCUCUCGUGAAGAACCUCGAUUUCAAAAGCGCGCCCGCUCUUUUUGUGAGGGAGCCCUUCAAAACGGAGUUUUUUAUUAGUUGGAGAGGGCAUUUUGCCACAUUUUUUGAUACUUCCCGGAUGCAAAAUGGUACGUUUUUUGCCACUGGAUCAGCUCCGCCACUGUAAGGUCCAAAAAGAAAUAGAAUUCUAUAAAUCAGCCAAAACGCGAAACCACAUGCAUUUGCUGUCAAAAUUUAACAAUUUGAAUGCAGAAUACACAAGACUACCCUAAAUGACUUUUACUGUCUUUUAGGAGCAUCAUUUCUCCAAAUGGAUGGCGGCUUGCCGGCUUGCGUCGCGCGGAAAAACAAUGGCCGAUGCUAGCUACUCAACAGAAGUGGAGAACAUCCGCAAGGUGCUCCAAAUGCAGGCCACCCCCAAGGAUCAGAACGGGCAAGCGCGCCAGAAACGCGCGCCAUCCGUCCAACUUCCCAACGACUUUGUCGUAGACGACUUUGUUGCCCAACGCUACGUGAAAAAAGCCCGCUCCAAGCAGAGUCUGCAGCAACGAAUCGCGGAUGCGCACAAUAACGUCAAAAACUUGUCGUCUACCGAGGCCAAACUUCAAUACAUUCGGACCUGGGAAGCGUUGCCCGAACACGGCCUCCACUACUUUGUUGUCCGAUUCCAAGGCGCCAAAAAGAACGACCUGAUCGCUAUCACUCAUAACCGAUUGAUGAGGAUCAACCCGGACAAUGGGGAGAUCCUCAAGACCUGGCCCUUCAACCAAAUGCAGAAGUGGCAUGUGAACUGGGAGAUCCGACACAUUAAGGUAGGCAUGUGGAAUAUAAUGUGAAAUUGGAGGGGUUUUGAGCGUUAAAACUAGGGGAUUUUGACGAAUUUGGAUAGAAAAUUGAUUGUAGUUUGAUUUUGGAUGCGAAAAAGUAAAAAAAAGUUUUGAUUUUUUAGUUGAAAUUUCGCAAAUAUUACCUUGUAGUAGCCAAAAUAGCAGAUGACGAAAAUUUUCUUGUUUAGAAGGGGAUUACAGGUGGAUUUCGAAUUUUUUAGACAAUAAAAGAGCUUAUCUUUCAUUUUAGACAGGCGAAAAGUGCUAAGUAAACCGUUUUUCCCUUCAAAAACAUCAAAUUUUGAGAUUUUCCACCUAAAAGCUAGCUAUUUACUCCAAAUUUACCCAUUCUACCCGAUUUUUCUUCCAGAUCCAACUCGACAACGAGGAAAUCGAGUUCAAACCCCUCUCCGCAGACUGCAAGGUAGUCCACGAGUUCAUCGGAGGCUACAUUUUCGUCUCGCUCCGCUCCAAAGAACAAAACCAAGAGCUAGACGAGGAGAAAUUCCACAAACUCACCGGAGGAUGGGGAUAA